AUGAUGGCUGGCUACAUUAUCAGAAGAGCAUUCUCAUGCCGUAAUUUGUUUCGCAUACCAACAUCUGCUCUACAUGUUUGUGAAAAUUCCCCUGUUAAACUUUGUAUAUCUGAUGCUAGCACUAGAGUCUUUACUCUUCCAACUGUGCCCAGUUUUAUCAGUGAAAGUCGCAGAUCCUUUGCCAAAGGCCGAAAGUCGAGGGAUGAAGGGGGUGUUAGUACAGUUGAGGUUCCAUCAAACAACGGCCCUACUAUUAAGGCUUCUGCUGCCUCACAGAUGGAGUCUGCAAUGGCCGCAUUAUCCGUUGAACUAAGCAAACUACGAACAGGAAGAGCAUCGGCUGGAAUGCUUGAUCACAUUAUUGUAGAAACUGGUGGUGUCAAGAUGCCUUUGAAUCGGAUUGCUCUUGUUUCAGUACUAGAUCAAAAAACCUUAUCUGUUAAUCCUUAUGAUCCAGAGACACUUAAACAAUUAGAGAACGCCAUUGUUUCAUCUCCGUUGGGAUUAAAUCCUAAAACAGAUGGUGAAAGAUUGAUUGCUGUCAUUCCACCAUUGACCAAAGAGCACGUGCAGGCUAUGAAUAAGUUGGUGACUAAAUCUUGUGAGGAUACUCGACAAAGCAUUAGGAGAGCUCGACAAAAGGCAAUGGAUGUCAUUAAGAAACUGAACUCCAGUCUUCCCAAGGAUGACAUAAAAAGAUUGGAGAAAGAAGUUGAUGACUUGACAAAAAAAUAUAUCAAGACUGCGGAAGAUAUAUGCAAGGCAAAGGAGAAGGAAAUUAGUCAAGGUUGA